AUGGCAAUUCACAUCUUAAUCACGAGGCGCAUCAGACCUGUCCGGGCGUUUGCCGCAGGCCGCAAUGAUCUCCGUCGUGACGAGGAAAGCCAACAUGAACUCCCUACCUCUGCUCCAGACCCCAAGCUGCAAAGGACCUCGUCCAUUCACGAGAUUUUUCACUCUCAUUCCCAGGAGGACCAUGAAAAGGGCGAGGUCGGUAUUGUCCACGACAUAGUCGAGGAGUCGCCUUGUGCAAGCCCACCGGUGCCUGCUGGACAAGUUGCAAGGCAAAAGAAUGUCUUCUGGGUGUUCAAGAACGUCAAGCCCAAGACACCAUUUACUUUCGAGAGCCAAAUGAAGUACAUUCUUCUACACAGCUGGCUGAUGAACCUGGUCAUGCCCUGCUGCGCCGUGGGCCUCGUUCUGUACCAGACAUCUGGCAAAUCCACUGCCAGCUUUGUCGUCAAUUUUCUCGCCACGCUUCCCGCCAACUUCCUCGGAAACCUCGCCAUGACAGAAAUCGGACUGCGAAUCGGGCCAUUGCUCGCAGACUGGAUGUCCAUGACAACCGGCACCUUUGUGGGCUGUUGCAACCGGCCGUACCAAAACCUGAACCGCACCGCAGCGCACAUGGCGAGCAAUCUUCUCUCCCUUUCAGCAACCAGUCUCCUCAUACCCACGGCGUCCCACCUGCUCAAUCAGGCCGAAGGGAGAGAUCUCCUGAGGCAGUCGAGGGGCGUGUCCAUCGUGCUGCUUGUCGUGUACGGCUGCUUUGUGUUCUGCGAGCACUGGACACACUGGGAGAUAUUCUCGCGAGAAGUGCCAGACGUGCCCGCCAGGCCAUUCCCCUUCAACCCUAUGUCGUACUACCGGUCGUCCCGCACUCUGGCGCACAGCGACACGCCAACGGAGGCAAAAGAGGAGGGCCCCAUCAGUGCUGCCGGCCAAGUUUGCUCCGCAUCACCAACCUCUCAGGCACACGGCGGCGGCGGCGAGAGUGUGCCGGAUGAAAAUGAGCCCCGUCUUCAUCUGCUCACUGCCAUCGUGCUCCUCGCAGGGAGCACAGCGCUUCUCUACUUCCACAUCGACUACUCGGUGCACAGCAUCGACGCCCUCACCAGCGCCAUUCACCUGUCCAAGACGUUUGUGGGCCUCGUUCUCUUCCCGCUGGCGAAUGUGGACUACACCCCAAUCAUGCUGGCAAUUGACGGCAAGCUGGGCCAAACCGUUACCCAGACGGUUGGGAAGAGCAUCCAGACCGCCUUGUUGGUGAUGCCUUUGAAUGUGCUCAUUGCCUGGGCCUGCGGCCUGGGCGAGGUGACUCUUGUCUUCAACGGCUUCGAGGUGAUCAGCCUCUUUGCGGCCGUAUUGCUGCUGAAUGUGCUCAUGGUGGACGCAAAGCUUCAUUGGGUGCAGGGCAUCUUGCUCAUGGCCGACUGGGCGCUCAUCGCCAUCGCGGCCUACUUUGCUACAAAAACAAAGGAGUAA